AUGUUGUUUUUCAGUUUCUUCAAAACCCUUGUGGAUCAGGAGGUUGUGGUUGAGUUGAAGAAUGACAUAGAAAUCAAAGGAACCUUGAAGUCUGUGGACCAGUAUCUCAACUUGAAGUUGGACAACAUCUCUACUGUCAACGAAGAGAAGUACCCACACUUGAAAGCCGUCAAAACCCUUUUUGUUAGAGGCUCCACUGUUCGUUACGUGCACUUGAGUGCAAACUCAGUCGACUGCACUUUGCUACAAGACGCUUCGAGACGAGAAGCUAUGGCUCAGGCCGGAAAAUAA